CAAUCCCGUGAGCAGGCACAGUGGUGCUGUGGAGGGAGGACGGCAAUGGCUUCUUUGGGAUUUGUACUUUGAUGAGGAUGAGUGGGUUAGGGGACUGGAGAUUGUUGCUCACAGGUUCAAAGGGUUUCCUCAGGUGAUCGGCAUGAGCAUGAGAAACGAACUCCGCGGCCCAAACCAAACCCGGCCUGCUUGGUACCGAAACGUCGCUCGCGGAGCCCAAACGAUCCACAAGGCCAACCCAAACGCUCUCGUGAUAGUCUCGGGCCUAAGCUUUGAUACGGACCUAAGCUUCUUGGCCCAGAGCCCACUUAGAAAUAACUACGACAACAAGCUAGUCCUGGAGGCUCAUUGGUAUGCAUUCAGUGAGGGCAAGAGACAAGAAUGGGCCGAGAAGCCGCUGGCCCAAGUUUGUCCCGGCUCGGCCGAGAGAUUUGACGCCCGAGCAGGCUUUUUCACUCGCAGGGUAAACGGAACGGUACCUUUGUUCGUAAGCGAGUUCGGUGGCGACCAACGGGGGACUAAUCGGGCCGACAACAGUUUUUUAAGUUGUUUUAUGGCCUUCGCUGCUGAGAGAGAUCUGGAUUGGGCCUUAUGGGCCUUACAAGGAAGCUACUAUUGGAGAAGUGGGGUCGAAGGGUUUGAGGAGACCUACGGGGUUCUCGAUUCGGGCUGGGCCCGGCCCAAGUACCCAAAAUUUAGAGAAAAAUUUCGGUUCAUUCAAGAAAUGAUCCAAGACCCUCGAUCAUCUACUGGAUUUUAUCAGAUCAUCUAUCACCCUCCGACCGGUCAGUGUCUGGCUCAUGACAGGGAAAACAACGUCGUCGUGCUGAGAGAUUGCGAGGGUCGUGCACGUUGGAGGUACAACGGAGAAGGAGACCCGAUACUUUUGGUUAGUAACGCUACGGUUUGUUUGAGAUUAGUAGGGGUUGGACAACCAGUGCAGGUUUCAGAGAAAUGCGACGAUACGCAGAGUUUCUGGAGAGUAGGAUCGAGUGCAGGAUUCGGAUUGAUCGGAGAGUAUGCGAACGGAACAGAAUUGUGUAUGGAGAGAGAUUCGGCGGACGCUUCUCUAGUUUUGACAAGGGAGUGUAUUUGUCGCCACGGUUCUGCUUGUUCCGAUGACCCUAGGCAUCAGUGGUUCAAAAUAAUUUCUUCGAACAUAGUUUAAUUAGAUAUUAUACAGUUUGUUUUGAGUUUUAUUAUAGUGUGAGGACGAGUGUUACUUCUGUCACGCUGGUCAAGUGACGGUGGCAUCGAGUGAUGAUUGUUUACUCUCUUUUUUUUCGUUUAAUUUUGGAAAGAGGAAAAAAAAAAAUACAGCGACUGAAUCAAGAUUUAACUUAUAUAAUUGAA